AUGGUGCUUUGGGCGUUAUGCACUGUUCUUUGCCUCGUUGCCCCCGGUGCAACAGUAGCAUCGGAGACAUGCUACGAGGGAAGGUGCUCUGCGGGCUUGGAGAAUUUCUCCAGACCGGGUCCCGAUGGCUCAGCCCUUCUCCAGAUGAAAGGUUCUGAAUCUGUGGAGGACAGUGAGGACACGAAGUUCGGGGACAGGGUUGUGGUCAGUACCCACCUGAACAUGACUGACAAACCCAAGUGCAAGAGUUGUGCGUGCUCCUUCAUCGACAACAUUCCCAAGUGCGGCACGGAGCUGGUGACCUCCGCGAGCAAAUGUGGGGAGGUGGUGGUGAGCUGUACCUGGAAAGUAAUCAAAGACGUAGUGAAGUGCGCAAAACACGGCUUUACCGGGAAGAAGUGCAAGGUGAAGACGUGCAAGAAGAAGGCCAAGGCCUGCCAGGCGCCUAAAAGCUGCUUCCAGGUCAUACCCUUCGAGGACUGCAUGAGUCAGCUUGCAAAGGACAAGGGUGGGGAUGUCGCCAAGGCCAUCAGUGUCUUGAAGGACACCAACGUGGUGAAGCCCAAGGACCUGAAAAAACUGGUGUUGAGCGGCAUCCCUUCUGUUGCCAAGCAGCUCGGGAAGGAGCUUGCGAAGCUGAUGCCGGACGAAGUCUACAGACUCUUCAACCAAAACAAGUUGUCAGGAUAUUUGGACAGUGUUCUGAACACGCUGGGAAAAGUCCAGCAGGAACUCGAUCCAAUCUGGAAUGGCGUGACUUCCUUUCUCGAAACGCUGGGUGACUUGGGGCGGAAAGCGGCAAGCGGCCCGAGGAAGCUGCCCAGGAACAAGGACGGUGAGUUCUGCUUGUUCAAGUGGGACUUCACAGUCUUCUUUUUCACGGAUUGUGGCUAUUUCGAAGCGGUAGAUAGCCUCUGGGGCCAUGUCGCUCAAGGCUACAACCCGAAGGUGUGGGACAAGAUCGACAAUGACUAUGCCAGCAUGGCUAAGGCACUUGCGAAGUGCGCACAGCUGAAGACGACAAUCCCCAUCUGGAAGAAAAAGGACAUCAAAGUUAACACCCCUUUCCAGAGCCUGCAACAGCUGGACUACUGCUUGCCGAAAAUAGCAACAGAUGGCGCACAGCUCUUGUGGAACACGUUCGAUCUGGCAUGGCAGGAAAUGCCUGGGCUCUAUGCCGAGAUCCGGAAGAUUGCCAACAUGCUGGCGGACUAUGCCGAUUCUCUCAUCGGCGACAACUUGAACUUCUUUGAGGAAAACUACGGCCUCUUACAGACCAACACAGGCCGGGGCACGGCGCGGGGCAUGGCGGGCUUGAGGCGCAACUUCAUGUGCAGCAAGAAGCAUAACAUGGACAACUACGCCAUCAUGCUCCGGAUCCAGUUCGGCGUGAGCAACCAGCUCGGGACGUUUUCGAAGCAAGCCUUUGCAUGGAAGAGUGCGCAGACCGCCGGAGCUGGCAUCUACUUCGGCUGCGACGAGGCGCACUUCAAAGUGCUUCCCUUCGUCAACUUCCGCUUGGGCUCCUUGGGGGUCUCCUUCCCGCCCUCGGGAAGCCCGACCAAUGAGAACCCGGACAAGAACCCCGACGACAAGAACGGGGUGCUGUCCAUCUCUGGGGAUUUCCAGGUGAAGAUGUACCCGCACGAAUACCCGGCAUUCAAGAACCACGUGAAGUUCGAGGGUGCCUUUCAACUCACCGGGGGCCUCAAGUCCGAAGGGCCCAAGGGCUUCAAAGGGACCCUCCGCUCUUCAGUGGCCUGGUAUUCACCCGACAUCACCAGCGGCAAAGAGAAGGACUGGAAGCCAGAGAAGCCUGGGACGCCCUCGGGGGUUGGCUUCACCAUCGCCAUGAAAUUGGGGGAAACACGCCUGUUGGAGGAGACAGGCGACCUGGCCUCAGCCGUGCGGCGUGACCUGAGCGAGCUCGGGCAGAACGAGUCUGGGCUUUUGGAGGACCUCCACCAGCUGUCCAAAGCGGAGGUAUGGCCCACGGGGAGCUUCGACGCGCGCAUCCAGGCGUACUUCUGCCUGCAGAGCAACGGGGCCUGCGAGGGCGAGGAGGAGAAGAAGAAAUUAUGA